AUGUGCACUACUACUACUACUACUACUACUACUACUACUACUACUACUACUACUACUACUACUACUACUCAUACUACUACUACUCACACUACUACUACUACUACUCACACUACUACUACUACUACUACUACUCACACUACUACUACUCACACUACUACUACUCACACUACUACUACUCACACUACUACUACUCACACUACUACUACUCACACUACUACUACUACUACUACUCGCACUACUACUACUACUACUACUCGCACUACUACUACUACUACUACUACUACUACUACUACUACUACUACCAGUGAUGGUAGUAUUAAUAGCAUUGUAGUGCUAUUAUGUUCAACUAUCAGGGACAGAAUACAGAAUUACAAGACACGUGAUGUGAAUAAUUCACUUCUCUCACUUCCUCUCCUUUGCUUCUUUAUUACUGAUAAUUUUCUUUGA